AUGCUGUUUUGCAUUCCGAAUGCCAUAAUGGUUGCACUGUAUAUGGAAGGUAGAGUAACUGUGUGCCCCUGGAUGGACGGGCAGAUGUGGAUGAGGGUCGGCUUGGUUGCCCCGCUCUGUGCCAACAAACCAUUUGCGAUGACACUGAAUCAGCAGUGGCUGCCAUUGUGUUCUGCAUUUGUGAGCAGCAUGGCUGAAGAUGCAGACAGUGGGCUGAUCAGGGAAGGCAAAGCGGCCAUCCUGCAGCAUGGAAAUGAAGUUUUCUAUAACAAGGCACAGGUCAUCAACAGGGACCUGUCCAUCGCUGUGCUAAAGUACUUUGCGGAACAGAGGGAGGCAGAGAUAGCCAGCGGCAAGCUCAACCUGAACAAGCGAAAAAGGCUUGACAAGCAGAGACAGGCAGUGCCGAUCUCCCCUCCUGUCGAAGAUACUGUGAAAGGCCUCAAGGUGCUGGAAGGGCUGGCAGCAUCUGGGCUGAGAGCCGUUCGCUAUGCACUGGAGGUUCCACAGGUUGGAAGAGUGGUUGCGGCAGAGCUGGAUGAGAAAGUCGUGGAAGUGAUGAAGAAAAAUAUUGAUGUGAAUGGCCCAGAGGCAAAACAGAAAGUUCAGCCACUGCACGUGGACACGAGGCUGCACAUGUUGCAGAAUCCUGGGGUGUAUGAUGCCGUUGAUCUCGACCCAUAUGGCACCCCAGUCCAGUUCUUGGACUCCGCAGUUCAGUGCGUUAGCGAGGGUGGCCUCCUGAUGGUCACAGCGACGGACAUGGCUGUCCUGUGUGGCAACAACGCCUCAAGCUGCUGGGUAAAGUACGGCUGCUACGCCCUGCACCGCCCGUACAUGCAUGAGCAGGCGCUCAGGAUCCUCUUGGCGUGCAUCGAGGGUCAUGCAGUCAGGUACAAGCGCCACAUUGUGCCCGUUCUCUCCCUGAGCGUUGACUUCUACAUUCGAGUUUUUGUCCGCAUCUACACAGACGCGAAUGCAACCAAAGCAUCAGCGACCAAGCUCUCGUACAUCUAUCAGAGUCAGGGCUGCGAUUCCUUUUACCUCCAGCCCGUGGCCGUGGAGAGGACCCAGGGGAAGCAAACAAAGUUCACUGCCGGCACAGGGCCCGUGGUCCCACAGGCGUGCGUCGAGACGGGCAGUGGCUUCCUGGUUGGCGGGCCCAUUUGGUCAGCGCCCAUCCACGACAUCGACUGGGUGAGGGGGAUCCUCAGCGCCUUGGAGCAGGAGCGGGCGAACUACAAGAUGUUCGAGAAAGUGCAGGGCCUCCUGACGGCCGCCAGCGAGGAGCUGCAAGACGUGCCGUUGUACAUCAACGUGCACGAAAUCUGCAAGACCGUGAAAACCUUCCCUCCCCGCGCGGACGCCUUUGCCUCCGCCAUCAAAAACGCUGGCCACCGAGUCUCCGGCACCCACGUCACCCCCCUUGGUCUCAAGACAGACGCCCCCUGGCAGGUCAUCUGGGACGUGAUGCGGACGUGGGUGCGGGACCACCCGGGCAAGGCGCAGGACCCGGACAGCUACAGCGGCAGGCUGCUGUCGCGGCCAAUCCUGACCGAGGUCCGCUUUUCUCACGGCGCGGCGGGCAAGGCCAAGGCCAAGAAGGGCGGUGUCCGCAAAUACCUUCCCAACCCGGAGGAGAACUGGGGCCCCAAGAGCAGGCACGGGAGGAGGCCCGGCGUGGGGGGCAAGGGGAGGGAGUGUGCCGAGGUGGAAGCUGCUGGGACGUCGGAUGGGGAUGGGGGGGAUGCGGGGGAUGGGGAUGAGGUUGGAGGGAAGAGGGGGGGCGGCGGUGUGGAGGACGAGGAGGGGCGCAAGCGGAGCAAGGUGGGCGUGUGA